AUGUCAACCCAAAUCGCACCGGGGCACGUGGGCAACCUCACCCCAGAGCAGGAAGAGAAGCUGCGCCAGCUGUGGCAAGCUUUGUUCCAGAUCUGCGGCGUUGCUGCUGAAGAGACUGGCUCUGCCGGCGCUGAUGCGACAUCCCGUGGAAAGCCGGAAGCAGCGGAAGCAGACGGGAAGAGGAAGCGCUUCGGCGUCUUUAAGAGAAAGGCUGACAAGCCUUCGGCGAGCGAGGCUGACGACGACAAGUAUGGCCAAAACAAGCACUUCCAAGAGGUGCUUGCGAGCCACAGUCCUGAAAUCAUUCGCGAGACGUACUGGGCCAUGGUAAAGCAUGACCACCCCGACGCCCUCGCUUUGCGGUUCCUUCGAGCCCGCAAGUGGGAUGUGGAGAAGGCUCUGGUUAUGCUGGUGUCUACUAUGAGCUGGAGGCAUACUGAGAUGAAAGUGGACGAGGAUAUCAUGAAGAAUGGAGAAGAGGGAGCUCUUUUGGAUGCGCAGAAUGGCAAGGGCGACGCUAAGAAGGUUGGUGAAGACUUUUUGGCGCAGCUCCGAAUGGGUAAGAGUUUCUUGCACGGAGUGGACAAGCAGGGCCGGCCAAUUUGUGUUGUCCGAGUGCGCCUUCACCACCAGGGAGAGCAUUGCGAAGAGAGUCUGGAGCGAUGCACCGUCUUCCUGAUUGAGACUGCGAGAAUGGUGUUGAGACCUCCUGUGGACACAGCUACUGUCGUGUUUGAUAUGACAGGGUUUUCCAUGGCGAACAUGGAUUACACCCCUGUCAAGUUUAUGAUCAAGUGCUUUGAAGCCAACUACCCUGAAUCCCUUGGAGCUGUCCUCGUCCACAACGCACCUUGGAUAUUUCAAGGAAUUUGGAAGAUCAUUCGCGGCUGGUUAGAUCCCGUUGUGGCAGCCAAAGUCCACUUCACAAAUAACAAGAAAGACUUGCAAGAGUUCAUCGAGCCUGCACAUGUCCUCAAAGAGCUUGGAGGCGACGAAGACUGGGAGUACAAAUAUGUAGAGCCCGUCGCGGGCGAAAAUGAUGCGAUGAAGGAUACCGAGACCAGGGGACAACUCAUUGGAGUCAGAGAAAAGCUGAUGAAGGAUUACGAAGAAGUGACUAUGCAGUGGAUAGACAAGGGCGACAGCAAAGAAAUCGCCGACAAGAGGGGCCAGCUGGCGACGCAGCUCAGGGAAAACUACUGGCAGCUGGACCCGUACGUGCGCGCGCGAUCCCUCUACGAUAGACAGGGGAUAUUGCAAGGUGCUGCUGUGGCGAGAUGGUACGAUCCCCCGGCCUCUGAUGGGAAAGGCAAUCUAGAAACAUCAGCCGACGAUGUAGACUAA